CUACAGCUCGAUUGACGGGGAUUUUUGGAGUAACGGACCUUGCAGCGUGGAUUACUGUUUGAUUUGACUCAGCGGUCUGAUAUAAAUACCUCUGGCUUGCACCUGACACCCACAAUUGUGUGUCAAAUCACCAUCAACCAUCUUAUUUCGUCAUUUUCUCUACACCCCGCCAUCCCCCACUCUAUUAUGAGCAGCAAAAAGUACAAGUCCCAGGCCUCAAGCAGCCGCGCUGCCGCCAGCACAUUCGGCGCAUUCGGGGGUUUCUCCAGCGCAUUUUCCAGUCAGGGAAGGGAACCUUCAUCUCUCACAUACGUAACAGAGCCUCCGGAUCUCUCCCGGAUAUCGGAGGCGCAGUUGACGAUCGCAUUCAAGAAUUUCCUUAAGAAGGAUGAGGUUACACGCAUCAAAGCUUUAGAUGACCUGCGCGACCACGUUCUGGCCAUCGAGAGCCGCAGCGGGACCUUAGAUGAUGGAUUUCUGGAAGCUUGGGUCAAAAUCUACCCACGCGCCUCAAUAGAUCUUUCUCGGAGAGUGAGGCAGACAGCGCACUCGACUCAAGGUACCAUUGCGUUUCUCGUCGGGAAGCGCAUUGCCCGCUUCUUGCCCAAGGUGAUUGGCGCAUGGCUAGCGGGACUAUACGACAAUGAUCGGCCAGUUCAUCGCGCUGCUCUGGAAGCUUUUACGCGAGUUUUCUCAACCGAUGAGAAGAGAAACGGUGUUUGGAAGAUCUAUCAGUCUUCCAUUCUGGACUUUGUGGAUGAUGUCAUCCUUCAGCAGACUCCUCAAACGUUAAGUGAUGAGAGAACAGUCAAGGCAGACGACGCCACAGCCAAAUAUGCACGAGUGGCCGGAACCGCUCUCUUACUCUUCAACAGGAUACUCGGAAACUCCGCACAAGAAGAUCUGGACAAGGCAACGCCCACCAUAGAAACACUUCUGGGAAGUAAGUCUCUAUGGGCUUUGUCGUAUCAUGAUGAUCCUUUUGUCCGUCGGUCACUCUAUGUUCUCGCGCGCACCGCUGUCUCCAAGCAACCCGAGGAACUGGAUUGGAAACUGAUCAGUGCCGCUCUCAUUGGCAAGUCUUUGCACUGCAGCCAACUGGGUUCUGCAACAGAGCUCUCUGAGACCAUAUUACACGUAACCUCUGCAAGGCCUCAGUUGUGGACGGACGACUACUCGGGAAAGUCCUCGUCUUCGAAAAGACUUCUUCAGUAUCUUCAGAAAGGUUCCCAGGGGGGUGCAAGCUCGUUCUGGACGAAUGUUUAUCAAUUGCUACAGAUUAUGCCACUAAAGACUAUUGCACAAGUUGGUUCAGAGACACCCGAAGAGAAUAACGUCGGAGUGGCAAGUGCGCUUGCAUUGACAGAGUCGUUCCACAAUGGACUGAUUUCCAGAGAUGAGCCCCGGCAAAACCGAGCUGUUGGCUGGAAAGCUUACAUUGACACUGUAAUGUGGCUUGUAAGCCGGCUCGGUGAGGAUGACGGGCUGAACUUGUUGCGCCGAAGGCUUCAACCUUUGAUUCUUAAACACGUGAAGCCUGAUCCAGACCAGAAUCAAUGGGCUUUACCUCCUCAGUCAUCAGAGUCCAUUUGCACAGAUUCCCUUCUUGCACUCGUCACGUCGGGUCAUAAGCAUACCCUGGAGGAGACGUGGAAGGAGCUGUCGGAUAGCUUGCUCGAGGCUGUGAGACUGUCUUCGCCGGAACAAUCGAGAGAUUUCAAGUCUUCCCAGGACGCGGUCUGCGCACAAGCCGAACGUCUGCUCGGCUUGGAAGCCUCCUUACUUUCUCGAGUGAAAGAGACAGAACAUGAGGCUGCAGUCCUGGAUGCGUUCACUCAAACUAACCUACCUUUGCUGGAUAACUGCCUGGAGGUCCUGCGCUCGAGGAAUGGCAAACCGUACGGAGCUGCUGCCGUCGUCGAACAAGCCGUGCUCAAUGUUGCAUCAAUCGCUAAAGCCUCUCAGUCACUAUUGAGCUUUGUUCAGGAUGACGCACCGGAACUCUUAUCGUCGCCUUCUGCUGAUAGGCUGGUCUCGAUCAUUUUGUCGUGUCGAUCGUGGGAGGGAUUCGGUCCGAGCUUCGAGAAGGUCUUAGAUAGAGUCACUCAGUUUGAUCCAGUAUCUUCGAAUGCGCCCACUGUCCAGAAGCUACUUUCUACUUUGGACUUCAAGGAAUUGGACGACAAGAGUGGACUUAUCUCUCUGAUCACGCGGGCCCUCGAUCGAGCCUGCAAUGGGAGUGAUUUGCAUUGGUCAAUUCUGAUAGCAGUGCUUCAUAACGAAACCUCACAUGGAUCACUAACAGACACGAUUUUCCUCGCUAUCAUAGAUGCCUUGUCCGAUGAGACCAAGGUUCUACACACCUUGCAUGGUCUCUCUCAAAUCGCUCGGGCUGUGCCCUCGGCAUUCAAAACUUUCCAAAAUGGGCUUCACGGCUCUAAACUCACUGGGAAAUUACUCUUCCUUGCCGAGUCUUCAUCUGAAGAUGUUGCAAGUAUGGCUAAAUCCUUGACCAAAACCUUGAAGGAGUCAAUUGUUAGUGAGACGAGUGCGAACAAAUCGAGCUUUGAGAUUUUGCAGCACAGUUUUGACAAUGUCAACGAACAGUCGCUAUCGGUCGAAUCACUGGUGAGCAUCGCCGAAGAAUUGCUGCAUAACGCCAGUGCGGAAGAGAUUGGCAAGAUCGCCAAGGAUAUCCUGCCCUCUCGCGAGUCGUGGGAGAAAGCUUUAGGCCCAUUCCUUGAGCUCCCUCCGAGACCUUCGACAGCCAUCACUAGCCCGCUUAGUGGUACCGUGCACCUCGUCAACCGUACGUUGUCGGAGACACUUCCCCAGCGAUACGAAAGCCUCCCACGAGAUUCGAAUAAUUCAUCAUCAGCAUUCAGAUUGACAUAUUUCACUAUCAGAGUUCUUUCGUCUGUUGAUCUUGCUAAAAAUCUAGCCAAGGCUGAGUUGGAGACAUUAUUCUACAAUAUUCCCUUGGCAUUGCAGCUCAUUGACGACGACUUGAGUAUUGAAAACAGUAACGGCAUCAGCGGUAUCUCGCUUCCCGAGCAAAGGGAGGAGUAUAUGGAUGUUGUCAACGAUGGUUGGAAGGUGAUUAGUGGCUGGGCCCAAUCGCAAGAAAAAGGUGCAGCUGGAGCAGAGACAACCAGCUCAAUGCUCUUUGAGUUCUGGAAAGAGAGACUAGAGAAGCUAGACAGCCUUACACCGGUAGACUAUCAUGUUGGAGUCGCUUUUGUGAAGGUCCUGGCCACCACCGACUCCUCGAAUAACAUGAAAUCGUCGGAAGAGGUGACGCAGCUCUGCAGAAAUAUGCGCAAAGCAAACGCUGUUUGCUCAGCUGCUUGGGUUGCUACGUUGCGCCAUGCUAUCCUUUCUAACCCCUCCGGUACGCGGUUGUGCAACGAAUUUGUUGCAGACUCUACGGGACUGAAGCCCCAGGAUGGUAACAAUGACGGGCUGCGAAAGCUGGUACUGCUCAAUCUCUUGCUUGCUGGAGAUCAAGAUGUCGCGGCAUCUAUCCCGACUCAACGUUUGAUGUUCCUGAUCAAGCAUCUCAUCCAAUGCCUCAAGUCUGAUUCUGUAUCCCUCAGCCUCAAAGCAGAAAUUCUUCAGACCCUGGUCUUUGUACUUCCGCGCAUUCAAGAUAUGUACGGAUCUCACUGGGAAGACUGCCUGGAAAUCCUUGACGCGACUUGGACGGGGACUAGCGGCGGUGACGAGGCCCUUCCUGUGCUCUUGUCAUCCUUCAAACUCUUCUCUAAGAUACAGUCAAUCGUUAGCGACGAAGAGAGCAAUGAUGAUGUGAAGGAUGCAUGGUCGGACCGGAAGUCAAAACUCUUUAAUAGCUUAGCCUCGACGCUGCGCAAAUUUGAAUCCUCAACUACCUAUGAUCAACCCCGGGAUAUUACGGUUGGACUGCUGUGUCGAUUCUUUCAAACCAUCCCGGUCGAGAGCUUGGAGGACGUUAGCAACGUCUUCUCGCUCCUCACGGCGCAAAGUCGAACUAUUCAGCGGGCCGCCUACACUUUGCUUCACCGGUACAUUCCCAGCGUGCAGGAGCAGGUCUCGUUCGACGUGGCUCUAUCGAAGACGACAGUCCGGCUACCCGACGAGCUCGUGUCCUUGCUGCUUGGCGCACCCACUAUGGAUGCAAUCCACAGUUCUUAUGGUGACGAGAGGAUCUGGACUGAGUUACGGUCCUACCUGCUCAGCUGGAAGAUCGUUUUUGAUCAUUUCGUCAACGCGUCUCUCACUGUUCAAGAGAACUAUGUUGCUAGCAUCCGGGAAAAUGAGAGCUUGGAUCCGCUUCUGGAGCUCACAUUUGACUUCCUCCAGCAAUCUCAUGGCAAGAUGAUUGAUGCGUCCAAGUUUGAUGUUCGCUCCUUUGAACCGGAUCAGUCUGAGACCCCGGAGAAGGAGAUUCAGUGGCUCCUCGUUCACUUGUACUUUUUGUGCCUGAAGCACUUGGCCAAUAUGACCAAAGGAUGGUGGAUUGAUACGAAGAAGCGCAUCAAGGGACCAGUAGAAGCCUGGACCGAGAAAUACGUUUCACCGUUGGUUAUUGAAGACGCACUGCAAGGAGUCACCGAGUGGACUCUGACUCAAGAUCCCAAUGAAGAGCGUGCGCUGCAGGUGAAGAUUUCACCAAAGACUGCCGAGAUCAUCGCCAGCAUUCCAGUCGACGAGGAUUCCCCGCCAGUAGCGCUGUCGAUUUCUCUCCCACCUGCCUACCCACUUCAGCCCGCGUUGGUAGUUGGGCGGAGUCGUGUGCUGGUGGAUGAGAGAAAGUGGAAGAACUGGCUGACCACCAUCCAGGGAGUCAUCAUGUUUGCAAAUGGAAACAUGGUGGACGGGUUGCUCGCGUUCCGAAAGAACGUGCAAGGUGCGCUCAAGGGGCAGAGUGAGUGCGCCAUUUGCUAUUCAGUUAUCUCGACGGACAUGCAGACCCCGAACAAGCGGUGCGCGACGUGCAAGAACACGUUCCAUUCGGUAUGUCUGUUCCGGUGGUUCAAGAGCAGUAACCAGAGCACUUGCCCGCUGUGCCGGAACAACUUUGUUUAUGUUUGAGGUGCUGUGGAGGAUGCGGGGGUGGUACUGUACAUAAUGGAAAAGGGGUCUACGGUGACCAGCGUGGUAGACACAUAGAAUAAG